UUUUUUUUUCCAAUUACUUCAUUACCUUCACUUAUAUUCUUUACUUCACACUCACAAUGACUGACAGAUUCAAUUUUACACAAUCACUUACAUGUGUUGCCUGUGGUGACAUUUUAGCCGACCCUAUUACACUUUCAUGUGGAUAUACCGUUUGCUCUCAUUGUUUCCCAGUAUCCAGCCCUACUUCCGUCAAAAAAUCAGUUUUCCGUUGUCCAGUUCCUCACUGUGAAUCAGCAACUCACCUUUUCGGCCCAGAAUUAUUAGCUGAUGUUACAGUUACCGAACUCACCAAUAUCCUUCGCAAAUAUUUACCCAACUGUUCUCUUCCACCAUCACCUUGCAGUGAAAUCGAUACCACUUCUAACUCCACAGACUUGAUUGCCACAUCAGUCAUCCCUCUCUUACAAUGUCAUUCUUGCACAUCACCCGUUGUGGAUCCCAUUACAACACCUUGUGGUCACACUUAUUGCAGACUCUGUAUCUUACAAUCUAAAAUCGAUACUGACCAAUGUAACACUUGUUACCGCCCUCUUCCUAAAUUCAGCAACUUAUUAUCACAAGCCCCCAACCAUUUAAUAUCUCGUCUUGUCAAAGACUUUCAAUUAUCUGGUCUCUUACCUUGCAACACACGCGAAACUGCUUUAUUAGAUUCAGUUCACCUUCAACAAAACAACGUGCCUUUAUUUAUCUCUGGUAAAGUCAUCUUACCAGGUCAAAGCUUCAGAUUACCUAUUUAUGCUCCCAACCACUUGCGCAUGUUCCGCGACUCUCUUAUUCCCUCUAGCAGAUACAACGGUCUCUGUUUAGCUGCUGUUCAUCGUAGCAGACCUCAAGUUGCACAAUUCGGUACUAUUCUUCAAAUCAUUGGUGUUGAGCAUCACAACGAUGCUAUCAUUAUCGAUGUUGUUGGUGUAGAUCGUUUCAAGCUCGAUACUCAUCAAGAAGAGGAUGAAACCACACUUGUAGCCAACUUUGAGAUUUUACAUGAAGCUUCUAUUCGCCAACUUAGUAUCGAAAUCCCCAACUCACCUUCAGCCGAUGAUCACUUGGGUCUUCAAAAGCAACACGAACAAGUCUCACAAUACGCUGUUGAUUUAGCCGAUACCGUUUUACGCUUCAUCCAACAUUUAAGCCAACAAUCCACCAUGCCUGCUGGCGUUCUUCAUACCCAAACUGCCGGACUUUUGGGUCCUCUUUGGUUCGAAAGCAUGAAGGCACUCCAUGGCCCCAUGCCAUCCAAGCUCAACCCUACUGCUGUUUGCUGGUGGGCAGCAGUUGUCUUGCCAGUUGCUCAUACCGACUUAUACCUUCUCUUGCGUACGAUUCCCAUUAUUGACCGUCUUGAACUUGUUAUUUCAUGGAUGCAAAACCUUCAAUCCCAAUGGGAAAGAUGUCGUAGCAGUGCUAUUCAUGCCUUCUCUCAAGUUCCUCAACAAUUGUAAAAUCAUUCCUUGUAUACCCUCAUUUGUAUUACCACAUCCCUUUUUUCUAAAAUACCCCACAUCCCCCCUUCUAUACAUACAAAACAUUUUUUUUCCUCAACCUAUUGAACAUACUACUAUUAUCUCCCUUCCUUACUUAAUUAUUGCUAUAAAACGAACAAACUUAAAAAUAAAUUUUAUGCAUCAUGUACUAUAUGACUAAAAAAAAAAA